AUGUGUGUCAGUUCACAUAAGAGACAUGAUGUUGAGAAUGUACAACACUUGAGAUCAUUGAUCAAUGAAGGACAGUAUGACGAUACAUCAAAGUUGAGAUUGAAGUUAUUGUGGAGUAUGCUUCAACGACUGUCAGUGGCACAUCAUACGAUGACAGAGUCAUGCAAGAAUGUCAGUGAUCAAUUCAAACAACUUCAUGACAUGCUUGUGAUUGAGGAACACAGGAUAACAUCACCACUCAAUGACAAGAUUCAACAAACAUCAUCAACCAUUCAUGACAUCAUCAAUGAGAUCAAGAACAUCAACAGUCUGUUCAGCCAAUCGACAACCAAGACCGAUGACUUGGAGAUAAACGAGAUCAUUCAAUCAAUCAAAUCAUCAACAUCGCCCAAAGAGUUCAUCGACAAGACAUUCCCAACAACAACAACAACAACAACAUCAACAUCUACAGAGGUCACAGAUAUUGAAUUGUUGACAAUGAUUAAGAAUCAUGUCAAUCAGAUGAACACAACAAUUCAUGUGUUGACACGUCCCUACAAAGUGGUGAUUGAUCAAGACAUGAUAGACUCGGUCAAAGAUGAAAUAAGAUCAUUGACCAAACUGAUGGAGCCAAUCGAACACUUUACUCAUGAUCUCGAUGGCCAGAUCAUGUGUAUCGAGAAUGAGAAUGUGUCGUUGUUCUCGCCAGCGACCAAUGGAUGGACAGAUGUGGAUGGUGAUUCAUUUGAAAAAGCGAACUAUUUCUGCUCGUCAGUAUAUGCUCGUGGUCAUGUCUAUGUGUUUGGACCACGUGAUGACUGCCCAUCAACAUACUCUCGCUUCUCACUCGUUACUCGAAAAUGGCAAUAUGAUAUCCCAAUGGCUGGAGUUAGAGGCGGAAGACUCUGUUCAGUCUGCUUUGAUGGAGACAAGUAUAUAUACUUGGUCGGUGGCACCACUAUUGAUGUUUGGCCACAAGUCAAUUUCAAUCGAGUUGAUUGCUUCAAUAUUGAAACUCAAGAGUUCUCAAUUGAUAGCAUUACAAUAUCAAUCAUAGAGUUCAACUUGGCAAGCAAAAAGUCGACCUUUAUCAAAGGUAUCAUUCCUGAAACAGCCCUUUCAGUAGUCUUUGAUGGCAAUGACAGAAUAUACAUCUUUCUCAUGCAUCGAUUCAUCAGCAUGUCAUUGUUGGCAGUGGACAAAGCAAAGACAAUCAGGGAGCUUACACCUCCGCCAGCCAAUCCAUUGUACGGGGAGGAAAAAUGGGCACGCAACACCCUGGUGUAUUACACACCUGAGCAAGGAACUAUACUCAAUCUUCAAGGUACUGGAAAUAACUAUCGAUACUCAAUCAAACUGGACGAAUGGACCAAGAUCAAUGACAAUGAUCCAAUCGAAGAUAGAGGUUAUAGUGCAUUGAGUCUAUUGUAUGACAAUCCUGUCAAGCGUACUCCAAAGUAG